AUGGCGUCUGAUACCAGUCAACUCUACUGGGAAGGCGUAUUCCUGGAGAGACUACAAACACUCCCCGAUGACAUUGAGCUGCUCUCUUCUGAGCUUCAAGGACUAUCUCGCGCGUAUCAGCGCUGCUGUAUGGGACUCAACGAGCGCGUCGAGAGCCUGCGCCACAAACCGUACCCCCGUCGGACCACCUCUCCGACGACCUUACCCGCGGAAAUUCUUCUACAUAUCUUCCACUUCCUCUCUCAAGAUGAACCGAUUGGAGAAAAUUAUAGCUGCCGCGGCAGACUGGGAGAGCAGGAGUCCGAAACCUCUGACUCCGACUCCGACGAUUCGGACUCUGACACGGAGUCAGUGGACUCGACAGACUACGAGCAUCAAUAUUGCCUUGAAGAUGGCAGUUGCUGUCUAGCAGCCGCGAUGGGCUGGUCUUGUGUCAGUCAUGUAUGCUCCCGAUGGAGAUCUAUCGCAAUUGGGAACGCUACGUUGUGGACAGACCUUCCCCUCAACCUGUCCACGCCGUGGGUUGAGGAGAUCAUCGAGAGAUCCAAGAACCUGCCUUUGAACAUCAUCAUCCCUUGCGAUGCAAACUGGGAGGCCGUCGAGGAUGUGUUGUCGAAUCACCUUCCCCGUAUACGCAGUAUCGAACUGGAGCGCGGUGCAGAGAUUGUUGGCACUUUUCUAUCGCGGUCCCCCGCCACGCAAUUGGAGAGCUUGCAUAUGGAACACAACGCAAAUCAUAUGGCUCUGCCUGACAACAUGGCGACAUCUUUUCCACGACUCAAACGACUGAGCCUCCAGAAUGUCGUUUCUUUGCCGAACUUUCGUGGACUGGCAGCGUCUCGUAUCACCCAUCUCACCAUCAUGUCUGUCAUAAAAGUUCCGACUAAGAGCCAGUUCUACGACCUUCUCCGCUCACUAGACGGAAUCCAGUACCUUCAUCUCGAGAACUGCCUACCAAAGGCGAAGACCGUCUCCGGACAACCGAUCGCUCUCUCCCACCUUGGGACGCUCAUUAUACGUGGCCCCAGACGAGGGUGCGGCGCUCUACUGCACUCGCUUGAAUACCCCUCGUUCGCGAGCACGACAAUGUACACCUUGGAGGAUGGAUCACUGGAAACGGAUGCCGAUAAUUACAUGCGUCUUUCUGGUCUUGGCACGCUCCUUCACAACGUUGGACCAGCGGGUCUACACUCGUUACACAUAUCCACCCUCGAAAUCCGGCCGCAAACAUGGCAAUUCGUCGUGGCCGGUCAACGUGCUCCUUGCGAUAUUGGCGAUUAUAUUCACGACAAUCAUCGCCGACCGGCGAACGACACUGGACCCUCAAAUCAUGAUCUGAAGAUGAUAUGCACCAUACCCGGGCAAGAGCUAGCAAAUGCCGUGUUCGCGAAGAUCAUGGCUGACCUCAUGCUCCCUACUCUCGCAUCGCUCUCCUUGUGCGUGGAUAGUCUGGUGCGUCUCGAUCAGCGUCCUUGGAAUCGUGAACGAUGGGUCUCGGUUCUCCGAGGCGCAAACGGGGUCAAGCACCUUCAACUCAUAUCGCCACCCUGGAGAGCGCAAGAUGUCAACGAACACGACAAACCCAAUCCUUUCGUCGAUCUAAUGUGUGCGCUCACCAUGUCGGCAAGAUGCGGAUACCCCCCUCACACUAUUCUACCCGAUCUUGAGAAGAUGACUCUCGUCAACAUCGAUUCAUUGGCCACGAUGACACUCCCGAGCAGCAGAAUCUGGUACGACGGUGACGAAGUGAUCACAGCCGAGAAGGUGCUCCGGUACUUCAUGAGGACUCGUCUCAACUUCGAUGAAUGGAACCUUCGGGUUGUCUAUCCGGAUGCAUCAUGGAAGAGUCAUUACUUUACGCCUACUAUAAGGGAUGAUAACGGCCCGCUGCAGGCGAUGGUCUGCGAGAAAAGUAGGGAGCAAGAGCGAUUCAAGGAACACGUGAUGAUUAGAAGUAGGGUCCAUCCUCUUGGUCGAAGAUGA